AUGGCAUCGAACAACAUUCGAAGAAGUAAUAGCAGUUAUUCUGCUAGCGAUAUUAGUGCUAGUACUGCAGGUAUAACAGUUAAUCCACGUUAUGCUUGUGAAUGGGAUGAUACAUGUCAACGACAACAUGAAUUCGAUGAUUGUCCAUAUCGACCAGAUGAAUUAGGAGGUAAAUUGGGCAUAUAUUAUAGCCCAAAUGCAAGUUAUAAACAAUAUGUUCGUGAUGAGAUAAAUAACCGGUUAUUACAAUUUAAUCCAACAGGAUGCACAAUGGUUCAUUUAUUAAUCUAUAAAAUAGAAAAUGAUAAGCCAUGGUUAUUAUUUGUUAGUAAAUCAGUUAGAGAAAAACGGCAACACAAUCGAGAAGAAGUUAAUCGACAAUUGCUACUAACAUUUCCAUCAACAAAUCCACGUAAAAAAUAUGAGGAUCAAAAAGAAGUGGCUGGAAGAGCAUUGGAAACUGUUACUAAUGAAAAUAAAAUUGUAUUAGACUUACCAUCAGAUCUCAAACGUUUCUUAUUUGUUAAUGCCAAUAGUAUUUAUCCGUUAUGUUUAACUAAUGAACAAGCAGAUCUUUUAACUAAAAACUUCUCUCCAAAUGAAGAAGUUGCUUCUCUUCAUUGGUUUCGUUUAUCUACUGUUCUUCAUCAAUUACCAGCAUGGAAAAAUUAUUUAUUUAAACAAUCAACUGAAACAGAAUUAGCACAAGUACAAGAAGCGAAGCAUAGGGGUAUUAGAUUGUGUGAAGGAAGUGAAGAGUGUACACUGCGGUCACUCACAGCAAUUUGUCUGAUGUGCAUAAGAAAUUAUGUGGGAUUCAAAGAUUUCCUUAACUAUGAUUUAUGA